CCUCGCCUUAACUCUCUGCGCAGCUGUUUAAUACAGACAACUUCCGUUAAAAAAAAAUAAAAAAAGAAAACCGUAAGGAAGACUUUUCGGAUUUCGGUUAGUGGAAACUGAAAGGGAAACAGUACAACUAGUUACGGCAGAGGUUUUGCGCAGCCUUCUCGUGAAGCAAGAGGUGCAAGUGAAGAAAUAUACGGAAAGCUGCAUUGUUUGCACGUGUACGUUUUCUUGGACUAUCAUAGUAACAGUGCAGUGAAUGAAGUGUUACCUGCUUCUGUAGCACUUUCACCAAAAGUGGGCCUUUGGACGACGAUGACAAUGGAAGAGUUGAAGAAUGAAGCUGAGACAACUUCAGUGGUUUCCAUGCCGCUGUAUGCAGUCAUGUACCCAGUCUUCAAUGAGCUGGAGCGAGUAAAUUUAUCGGCAGCACAGACUCUGAGGGCAGCCUUCAUUAAAGCUGAAAAGGAGAACCCAGGUCUUACACAGGAUAUUAUUGUGAAAAUUCUAGAGAAGAAAAAUGUGGAGGUGAACUUCACUGAAUCUCUACUGCGCAUGGCUGCUGAUGAUGUUGAAGAAUACAUGAUUGACAGGUCAGAACAAGAGUUCCAGGACCUGAAUGAAAAGGCACGAGCACUGAAACAGAUUCUCAGCAAAAUACCCGAUGAGAUUAAUGACAGAGUCAGAUUUCUCCAGACAAUCAAAGACAUUGCAAGUGCAAUAAAAGAACUUCUUGACACUGUGAACAAUGUCUUUAAGAAAUAUCAGUAUCAAAAUCGCAGGGCACUUGAACACCAAAAGAAGGAGUUUGUAAAGUACUCCAAGAGCUUCAGUGAUACACUGAAGACCUAUUUCAAAGAUGGAAAGGCAAUAAAUGUGUUUGUGAGUGCCAACCGACUAAUCCAUCAAACCAACUUGAUACUGCAGACCUUCAAAACUGUUGCCUAGAAGCUUCAAUUGUUAGGGUGUAAUUUUUAAUGUUGGAUAGGACAACCUUUAUAUGUAAAGUUUUGAACUGUAAUAAUUUAUAAGUCUUGCUUCAAGACCUGAAGCAGGAUGUCGAAUGGAAAUCUUGCCAGCUUCCACCAUAUUUUUGUAAGACUUUAUUCUAGCAUAAUCAUGAUCUCACAAUGAAGAUUCUGCAUCACUUUUGCUAUUACUAUCAUUCUAUCUAAAAGAAAGCCAAAAGAUUUUGCGCCUUAAUGUGUUAUGUAACAUUCCUUAUAUGAAGUGUAAAUAUUGGUAUUCUGUUUCUGACAUUAACUUGAAGAAGAAAUGCAAGUUAUGUAUUUAACAAUAUUUGGUGGCAAAUGUUCAAUAAAUAGUUUACAUAUGUUAAAA